AUGAGGUCUGCUGUCAUUCUCGCCCUUUCGGGAUCUUCCCUUGCUCUGCCUUUUGGCGGUGCCAUGAACGCCAUGUUUGGUGCUAAGGAAGCCCGUGAGGCUCAGGCUCCUGCACCAGAGAACAUGCCCAACUUCCCAGGUGCUGGCUUCCCCGCCCCUACUGGAACUGGCGUACCUUCUUUCCCUGCGCCCACUGGAGGUUUCCCUGGUGGUCAGCCAGGAGGUCAGCCAGGAGGUCAACCUGGCGGAGGUUUCCCUGGUUUCCCUGGAGGCCAACCAGGUGGCCAGCCAGGUGGUCAGCCCGGAGGUCAGCCCGGAGGUCAGCCUGGCGGAGGUUUCCCCGGCUUCCCUGGAGGCCAGCCAGGUGGUCAGCCUGGAGGUCAGCCAGGUGGUGGCUUCCCGGGUUUCCCCGGUGGCCAAAAUGGAGGUCAGCCAGGUGGUGGCUUCCCGGGUUUCCCCGGUGGCCAAAAUGGAGGUCAACCCGGAGGUCAACCAGGUGGUGGCUUCCCCGGUUUUCCUGGUGGUCAAAACGGAGGCCAACCCGGAGGCCAGAACGGUGGCCAGCCCGGAGGUCAGAACGGUGGCCAGCCCGGAGGUCAGAACGGUGGCCAGCCCGGAGGUCAAAAUGGAGGUCAGCCCGGAGGUCAGAAUGGUGGAGGUUUCCCUGGCUCCCAAGGAGGCCAGGCCCCAACAGUAAAGAGGCUCGCAGUCAACUACGGCCUUGCUCCCACCCUACAUAAGAGGGGACAGGCCGCUACUCCCUCUCUGCCCGAAUUCCAGCUUCUGUCCAAGGACGGUAGUGCCCCAGCUGCUCCAGCUGCAAGCGCACCGGCCACUGGUUCUCCUGCUGAAGGUGGCUCUCCAUACGGCGAUGAGCCCGCUGGAGGUGCCCCAACUGAGGGCGCUCCUGAGGCUGGCGCUCCCGGUGCUGGCACUCCUACUGAGGGUGCCCCAGAAUCUGGUGCCCCUGGUGCCGGCGCCCCUACCGAGGGCUCUCCCGAAUCCGGUGCUCCUGACUAUGGUACUCCCACUGAAGGUGCCCCAGGUGCCGGUGCCCCAGGUGCUGGCUCUCCCGGCGCAGGAACUCCCCCCUUCCCUCUCCCCACCGGCGCCCGUCCUCCCUUCCCUCUCCCCACUGGCGCUCUUCCCUCCUUCCCCCUGCCCACCGGUGGUUUCCCCGGCGGCCCAGGUGGACCAGGCGGUAACGCUCCCUUCCCAGGUGCUGGCGGUCCCGGAGGCAACAACGAGAGUGGCAAGCCUGGUUCCGGUGGUUUUCUCGAGUGGCUCAGCGGUCUCUUCGGCAAAGGCAAGGGCGAGGGUGCCGGCCAAGGCGAGGGUGCCGGAAAAGGCGAUGGCGAGUCCAAGGGCGACUACUAA